ACGUCCUAAUAACGAAGAAGUGUUGCAUAUAAAAAUUCAGCAUAAGAUUUUUUUCUAUACAUUCAAGGCAUUUCGAAUAUAAUAAAUACAAAACGCAGGAUAUGAUAAUUAAUCAAGUUAUAGUAUCGUUCAGUGUUUACUAGGACUCGCGACGCGGACGCAUCUGAUGGUAGAAAUUUCGUAAAGUCAAGUUAUUUGACCCAGUGAGGGUAUUUGAAAAAUUUUGUAGUUCGUUUAUCGAUGAAUCAGCUUGAAAAAAUCGCGUGCAAUUACCGCGUGCAUCGGCAUUUGACCCAGUUAUUCUGAGGUAACGACACUGCAACCAUCGACCAAACACACCCAGACCACAGUUAGGACAUAUUCUGUAUGUUGUCAACCUUCCAACUGUCCUCAGUCGGACCGAGUUCAUUACACCAACAAAGUGUAUUCUACAUGAGUAAAGGAAACGUAAUUCGGAGAAUUUUUAAGAUGGUGAUUGACGUGAACGUCGGAGCCUUCUUGAGGGACAUGACAUCUACCCAACUUUGCGGUACUUUUUCUGCCAGUAAUAGUUAAUAAGUCAAUUGUAAAACGUCAUUAACAAUCAUUCAUUAUUUUGUAUCUAUUUUUUUUUAUUUUGUAAGGUAUUUACUGAUUUUUUGUUGUCGAUAAUGACAUCCUGUAGACUGACACGCAGUGCCUUUACCAGUCAUUUGUAUAAUAUUCAUUUUUUUAAUUUAUUGUAAUUAUUUCUGUUUGGCGUACAUUUGCAUUCAUUAAGUGCUGCGUUGAACGUGAUAUUCCUUUUUGCAGAUGUUUGGCUACACCAUUCUAUAAAGAAAAUUCAUAAUCGUUUUUUUGAUUUUGUUAUGUAAUAAGAAUUGUUCUCAGCAGUCAAUGACCUUGUGAUUAUUCGAGAUGCCAAAAAUGUUAUUAACUUAAUUACUCAGUGGAAUGAUGUAGACAUUAAACAAUUUAUUUGUCAUUUAAUUAAACUACACGAUGUUACAAAUUCACCUAUUUUGAUUUUACCCUGUGUUACUUCACUGAUAGUAUUCCUCAUGUAAUUAGUGAAAAUUCAUGGAUUCAACUCUACGAAGCAGAAACAGACUUGACCUUUACAGUUCAAAGUUUAUGAGAAAACGGGCAUUAAGAAUGACGUUGAUUUAGAUGGGAUUGAUUGGCAAUUUUUAAUACAUCAAUCUAUUAAGCGUUAGAAUUGAAAAAAUGAUAUUUUCCGAAAAGUCCCUCACACACGGCCCAAGUGAGAAUCGAAAAUGGAGGAACCAGAGGAAGUGGAAGGGAGUGAAGGGUGGAUUGAACUUGGGGAAGAAAUAUCUAUCCUCUCCGAAGUGCUCUACGAUGAAUACGAACCAGACAUUCCCCCAAAAUUUCACAAGAAGCCGAAGACAAUGUCCCGAUUUUCCAAACUUGUGCAAGAUUGGAGGGCAUUACAGCCGCCGCUGGCCAGCAAGAAGCCUAAGAAAAAAAAGAAGAAAAAAAAGAAGAUGAAGGAGCAAGAGAAAGAAAAAACUCGCUCAGCUGCAGCUACUGCAGCUGAAACAGAGAAACAGAGAAAUGUUAUGAUAAAGGACAUGCAAGAAGAGAUACGUUUGGAGAAGUAUAAUUCUGAACGACAUCUUCAACUGGAAAUAGAUCAAGGAACAAAACGAAGAAUUCAACUCGAAAAAACCUGUCGCGUCAUCCAUAAUAACGAAAAAACUUAUAUGGACUACGUUUUGAAGACAACCGAGGAAGAAGAAUGGUUACGGUACAUGACUUGUGACGGUCUUCCCGAUCCUGGAAUACUCUCACAGUUGAAUACCUUUUUAUUCCUCUGGGACCAGGACAGCGACGAGGCAUCGAUGUUUAAUGUCACGACAAAGUGCCAAGUUGUGACUUAUCUGCUCACCAAGUUGGAUAAUAUCAUCGAUUUUUCCGUCGUCGCACCGCUGGAGUACAUAGACGAGUGCAAAGAGAUCAGACGAAUAUUUCGGGAGAGAUUGAAGUGCUGGAUUGACUUGGCGAUCUAUCGAUUGCUCAGGCAUAUCGAGUGGGAUAUGAUCAGGGAGGACCUGAGGAAUGCCAGAUACGUUAAGGAGUCGAGUGAAUUAAUUUGCUGUGUUUGGGCGCUCAUUCAGCUACCGAUCAGUAUUAAACAGGUCGCAGAGCGAGACAGAAAAUCGAUUGAAGUUAUCUUCAAAGAGUUGGAUAUAGCACUGAAAAUGCCAGCUGACAUGGAUUGUUAUGCAAUGGCGAUUAGAGGCCUCUGGGUUCAAUAUGAUCACUACUCAGAUCUCAGUCCCUCAUUUCUCAUGCCAGAUAUACCAAGAGAGUAUCACGCGAGCGAAGAUCUUCUGGCGUUCACCUCGAACGAGUACGAGACAAAAAUGAAGAUUCACGAAGAGCAAGUGGAGGGCAGAAAAUUGAGACUCGAGGAGAAAAAAGCCCUGGUGGAACGAUUGUUGAAUCCACCCCAAGCAGUGAAGGAAAAAAAAGGCAAAGGUGGGAAAAAACAGGCAGCAGUGAUUGGCAGGACUAAAAAGAGUGAACCAGAGGCGGAGCCUGAACCACUGCCCUAUUUACCAACUCCUGAUGAGAUUGUACUGCAAAAAGAAGAUGAAACCAGAAAAGAAGUCCGAAAAUUGCUGUUCACAAGGUGCGAAAAAACGGAGAUAAACCUAAGGAAAUACGCCAUCUUGGGUGGUGUAUUGAAUAUUGAUUUGAUUUACCAGCCACCGCAGCCGAAAGACAUGAGGCGAGAUAUUUUCUUGACGACACUUCAGCUACCAAAAGAAUUGAAAUUUGUACCGUUCUCACGACCAUAUAAGGCACCACCACCAGCGCCGGAUGCUGAGAGGACUCCGGAAAUAAUCGAAGCCGAGAUAAAAGCCCUAGAGGCAGCGAUGGAGAAGCUCGUACUCAUAACACUCCAACUUCCAGAUUCGGUUUUGUGGUUGGAGCCACCGCUCGUCGCCCAUUGGAUUCCAGAAAAGAGGAUUUGGUCGACUCAAGACGUUCACGAUAUCAAGUACAACGAGGAAAAGCAGAUAAUUACUUUUAGGUCCGGUAGACUCGGAGUUCACGGUCUUGCUGCUUUUAAAUUUGUCAAUCUCCCUUUUCAAAGUUGGGAACUCAAACCGGAAACCGGAAAAGCUGGUGGAGUCGUGUUGAACGUGUCAGCGGCAAUUGUGCAAGUGGAAUUCAUUGUCAAAGACGACCUGGUCUGUCUCCACUCCCUGGCAGGUGGAGGCACCUCGGCCCUGCAGGACCUAGUCGGCAAAUACAUGAGACUUAAUCACCUGAUUCGAAAAAUGAGAGCCGGUGGUUGCGACUUGUUUCCGGAUAGAGAUGCAAUUAGUUACGUCAAAGGUCUUCCAGUUAAGCAUCUAGUCACUGAAAGACACCUCCAGGCGUGUAUGGGACUGCUCUGCACUGCCUACAUGUUCGCAUGGUCUCGAUGGAAUGCAGCUGGUACUGCGAGGCAAAUUGUAAUGCAAAUUAAAGAAUUACACGGAUGUAUCGCUAAGGAGCGAUCUAAUAUGAUGCUCCUGGUGACGCCCCUUCAAACUAUGCUCAUUCAGUGCACGGAAGUGGGCACCGAGUUCUGUGAUAAACCGUUAGAUGAAGAUGAUAAUAAGUUUUUUGCUGAUGUAUAUCAUCUUGCUCUUCAUACAGCCGGAAUAAAAAGCCGGUUGUUGAUGAAGGCAGUGUCUUGUAAACUCGCUACCACUGUUACUAAAUUGUUAGAAGCUACGAAUGUCAUUAGCAUGUCGACGUGAUACAAACGGCGAAGAGAAGGAUCGUCGCUAUUUUGUUGGAUUAAAGAAACUGUGAUAAGAAAUAAAGAGAAUCGACUUGUA